AUGGAGCGGCAGCUCUGGUUGCUAUGGGCAGCCCUUGCCGUUCCUCUCCUCUACUGCCUUACCAACCUAAGACGCCGUCUGGGCACCGGACGGCGGCCACUGCCCGGCCCAACGCCGCUCCCGCUCAUCGGCAACCUAAUCGACCUGCGUCGUGGCAACCUUCACCACACGCUCGCACGCCUCGCGCGCACCCACGGCCCGGUGAUGUACCUCAGGCUCGGAUUAACCGACGCCGUGGUGGUUUCCUCACGCGACGCGGCGAGCGAGGCCUUCAUGAGGCACGACCGGCGCCUCGCCGGACGUGCCAUCCCAGACAUCGCCCGCGCGCUCGGCUUCUCCGAGCGCGCCAUCAAUUGGCUGCCGAGCUCCGACCCGCACUGGAAGACCCUGCGCGGCGUCCUGGCCACGCACAUCUUCUCCUCGCGCGCCCUCGCCGCGGCACGGGGCGUCCGCGAGCGCAAGGUUCGUGACCUGGUGAGUUACUUCCGUGCCCGCACUGGGCAGGAAGUGUACGUUGGCCGGGCCGUGUAUGGCGCUAUGCUCAACCUCAUGUCUAGCAUCGUCUUCUCCGUCGAUGUCGUCGCUGACAUGGACAUGGACGCCGCCGCCGGGUCCACGCAAGGGAUACGGGAGCUCCUGAACGACCUCGUCAGCUCGGCCGCGAAGCCGAACGUGUCUGACCUUUUCCCUUUCCUCCGACCGUUUGACUUGCAAGGAUGGCGUCGCUGGACGGCUAAGAAAUUGGAGAAAUUCUACCGGUUCUUGGAUGACAUGAUUGACCGCCGGCUGACGGAGGACUCGGACUCAUCAUCCAGGGACAAGCACGGUGACUUCCUCGAUGUGCUCAUCCAGCUCAUGUCCGCAGGAAAGCUGGCUCGAGGCGACAUCACAUCUCUUCUGUUCGAGGUCUUCGCUUCCGGGACCGAUGCCCUCGUGGUCACAGUGGAGUGGACAAUGGCAGAGCUCCUCCGCAACCCAAGAGUCAUGGCCAAGGUGCGUGCAGAGAUCCAGGGCACCCUCGGCAGCAAGGAAGCAAUCGAGGAAUCCGACGUUGCCUGCCUGCGAUACCUCAUGGCCGUUAUGAAGGAGGCCAUGCGGCUGCACCCGGUGGCGCCUUUGAUGUUACCCCACAUGGCCAUGGAAGAUGGUGUGGAGAUCCAAGGCCACGCGGUGCCCAAGGGCCACACCGUGAUCUUCAACACAUGGGCCAUAAUGCGCGACCCGGCAGCUUGGGAGAGGCCGAAUGAGUUCAUACCUGAGAGGUUCAUGGACAGACCUGAGAUGGUGUUCAAAGGGAAAGAACCCGAGUUCAGCCCGUUCGGAUCCGGCCUGAGGCUGUGCCCCGCGCAGCCAAUGGCGGAGCGCGUCGUGCCACUCGGACUGGCGUCACUACUGCACGCGUUCGAAUGGCGCCUGCCCAACGGUUUGUUGCCAGAUGAGUUUGACCUGAGCGAGAGAUUUAACCAUACCAAUGUUCCAGCUGUCCCUCUCAAGGCUGUGCCCUUCGCGAUCACCUAGUUACAUUGUCUAUUAAUGUGUUGAAUAUAUAAACAGGCACCAUGUUGUGCUUCUGCCAGUGUACAAAUGGCCAAGCCCAUUCGUUUUUGUCACUUAUUUUUAAUAAUAUAACGA